AUGUCUUCUCAAUCGAUUGUUUACUCUGGUCCAACUCCGUUGGCCGACAAACUGAGUUAUCAUCAAAACAUCCCACAGCGACAUAAACCAGAUGGCCCCGAAGAAGAACAACCACGUCUUGAACAACAGAAGUCACUUCAAGAACAGCCGGGGAGACUGGAGCAACCGCGGUUCGACAAAGAACAGCAGUGUCCCAUGCAAGAGCCUACGCUGCAACAACAACAACAACAGCAGCAUCAGCAGCAGCAGAACCCUGAACCAGAGAACCAGUCCCAGGCAGCGGGGCCACACCAACAGAAGUCACAGCUUACACAGAAACAGAAAGAACUUUUGCCGCCAGCCCAACGUCAAGAGUCUCGGUUCUCGCCCCAGUUCUUCAAAUCAGCCCUGAAAAAAGUCGAGCUUCAUAACUCUGUUUCCUCAAACGACUCAUUUGAAUCCCCUGGUAAAGACGAGGAUUGGCAUCUCUCUUUACGCAAGUCCGCUUUGAAUCCCAUGAUGGUUAAUCAUUACUCCACCGGGCCUAUCUUACCUCCUCAAUUCGACCUCAAGGCCAAGAAAGUGUCGAACAUUGUUGAUCUUUUCGAAAAAGCUCAGCCCGAAUCUCCGCCCCGUGACAACAACGCAUGUUCCCUGUCUUCCUAUAGCAUUACCGAGCAUCGGGCUGCUCCCUCCCCGAUCCGGAUCCCCGUUCGCUCGCUGAAACUCUCCCGCGUUGGAGAACAAGAGGAAAAAUGAUUUGAUUCUUCCCCGCCCCCUCCCCUUUUUGUUAUCCAUUCAUCUAGCCUUAUCGAGAUUACGUGAUAUCGCUUCUACUUCGGCGCUCUUAGAUCAUUUUGUUUCGCUCCUUAACUCGUCCUUAUUUUCUCAGCUCACGCUUUUCCUUCCCAACUGGAUAGUUGGCAAACAUUCAUCUUUUUGGUUCUUUGGUUCAUGUCGUUUUACGUCACACGUGCUUCUUCUUUGACGUCUUAAUUAACUCAUUCUUCUUCUUUGCAUUCUCAUUAUUAUUAUUAUUUUCGACGUCUUCCGUUAUUCAUAAACAUGUACUAACUCAGCUUACACACCAUUGCUUUGAUUUAAGUAAGAACCUUCAGCUCCUUUCGUUUUUCGAUCCACUUUUUUUUCUGUACGUUGUAUUGCUUUAUCUAUCUUUUGCAUCUAUUCUUUUGUGUUUCUCCAUCAAUUUAUUUGAAUACAUACACCAUGAAAGAUAUGAGGGCAGCACAUGCCAGGUGACAUGAAGCUAACUCCUGCCUUGAUUCCAGUGUUACUUCAAAGUCAGAGGGUUGGGACUC